AUGUGCGGCUUGUGGGUAGCAACAAAAAGGCAAUGAAUGGAACACAUGGCAGUUCCAUUCAUGUUUACUACAUGUACACUCAACAUAUUGUGGCCCGUACUGACGCUUUCAUCUUGGAUCUUUUUUGCAGGUGGAUUCCCGACUCGCCGCGAUGGCUGAUCGCCCGCGGACGCACUCAGGACGCCAAGAAGAUCUUGCUGGAGUGUGUGGAGGUAAAUGGGACGGGCUACAACCUGCCGCACGACAUAGACCAGCAGCUUGACCUGCAGGCGCAGACCGCCAUGGAUGCUCCUCCGCUGAGUGGGUGGUGGUCAAUUUGGAAGGGAGAACGAGCGGUGCGACACAUUGUGUGUGUCCACCUGGCCUGGUCGCUGUACAUUGUGGUCUACUACGGCAUGCUACUAAAUAUUCGCUCCUUCAGUCGCGACCACCUUUAUAUUAACACCUUUUUCGCGGGCUUUAGCGAGAUGAUAGGGACUUUCUUCGGGCUCUUCCUGAUUCUUAAGACCACCCGCAAGUGGCUGUGGACGGGCAUCUUCAACAUCGUUGCAGGCUGCAUUGCCUAUUGCGGCUGGCUGGUUCCGAAGCCCAGCGUAAUUGGGCUGGAUCCAAAUGUAGCCCUGCUGAUGUGCUCGGCCAUGGUCUCCAAGAUGGCCAUUUCCACUACGCUCAGUAUACUGACAACCUGCACGGUGGAGCUGGUUUCAGAUGACAAAAAAAAGAUCACUUCCUUCUCCACAAUUUGCUGGGCCCGCUUCUGGCUGCUGGGAGCGCCCUUUAUUGGAUCCACAGUGGUCUUCGGCCAGCUCAUUCCUCAGACGGCCUUUGCCUCUCUGGCCAUUCUCGGUGGCCUGUGCACGUCCCUGAUCAGCAGUCCAAGGACACAUCCCAUCUUAAGGCCUUCCUCGCCUGCUGCACAGGGAGCCCAGAACAUGACCUCACAGUUCACCAUCAUUGACGGUUUGGACAACAAGGAUUACACGCCCACCUCGAAGACCAUCCACUCGAACAGCACCAUUUUAAAACUUAACACGCCGCAAUCGAAUCUACCUCCUCAACUGAUGCCCGGCAUUUGGACGACCAAGAUAAUCGAGGAUGGCCCACCUAUGUGAAGAGCUUUCAGAAAAGUGCAUUAACAAAUUAGCCGUGUAAUUGGGCUUGAGAUAUAGAAGCAUUUCUAUAGCCCACGAUUGAAGUCUUUAUGAUAAUAAAUUAGAUGUUAAGGUGAAGAAGCAGAUGUUCAAAGUUAAGAUAGUGCUAAAUUCACAGCUAGAGCAGCGUUCUAGUUCACUUUGGUGGUGCUGUGACUUCUAAACUAUAGUCUAUAAAAUAUACCUAUAGCCUGCUUAAUAAGUUUAGAGGUUCACUUACUGUAAGGCCACGGUUUUUAAGGGGAAGAGUCAGGAUAGUACUAGAAUUUUCGCACAUGUUAUUAGUACCUCAACUUUAUCCCUUAUCGGAGUGCUCAAUUGAGAAUGCCUCGCGCACUUGAAAACAAACGUAAAUUUCUAAGUAGGCAACCCUUAAGCUCUAUGCUGUGGAAUAGAAUAUUCGAGCAAACUAUUUUAGAUGGAUAUUUACGCUCGCCAACAAAUCCCAAACCCAUACAUAUAUUUUUCAUUGCCUUUAAUUUUAGAGCCUAGUUUCAGCGCAGCCAUAAUUAGUAGUCUUUUAAGCAAGUAAGUCAGAUGUGGAGCACACCUUGGGAAAAAGGGAAAGUCCAGUAUUAAGCAGUCACUAUUAAGCCAAAUCCUUUUAAAGGCCUGUGGUUCCACACUAAGUGAUUGUGUUGUAAACACCUGGAGAGAAUUACAUGAAAAGACAUAAGAGUAGUUACACAAUAAUUACAUAUUAUGGACACCAUUUAUAAAUAACCUUAUCCAUUAUUAAUAAUUGAUUAGCAAGAAAAUAAUAUUAGCCUACACCUUAAAUAAUUUACUUCGGUUACGUAUUAUAUUUAUCAAUUACCAAGCUAAUUCAAUACAAAUCAAUUAGUAGUUUUCAGGCUACACAAUGUAUAAAAUGUAUAAUAUUUUUAAUGUUGUAUCAUCUAGUUAAUACGCUUAGCAACAUGUUGAAUGUUAUCUGAUAUUGGUUACUACAUGAAAAGAAAUGUUAUACAUGGCAAAAGAGCAAUAUUUUUCUAAUAAAGUAU